GUUGAUCACUCUUUUUCUUCCCGAACCCCAUUUUGUAUAUAGCAUGAACCGCUCUUCACUUGAAUUCCCUGAAUCCUUGGAAGACAAUCCCUUUGCCGAUGUUUUAUCACCGCAUCGACCGUCUUUUUCGCCAUCGGCAUCCACUUCUCCCGAAGUAAACCACCAAGACCUGCCGUCGCUCACCGAGCAACAGCAAGACCAACAACAACACCACCACCACCACCACCAGCAGCCAGAACCCGUGGAUGAAGCGUUGCAAAACGAUACCCAGACACUAUCCACCAAUGUCAGUGCAACAGAAACGACCAAAGGAGCUUUAGACGCCAACGCGGAAGAAACACUCCACGACACUAUGGAGCACAUGUCCUUAUCACCUCCGCAAUCCACUGAUCUUCAAGCGUCGAACCAACCAACACUGCUUCCGACAGUGGCGGACACCGCUUCUACGGAAGACUAUGAUACCCAAUCAAGAGACGAUAACGAGACUACGGAGUCGCAGUCAUUCGAGAUUCCCAAGAGCGGUGUACGUCCAUUUUUUGAAGUCUCAGUAGAGGAUCCUCAAAAAGUAGGCGACGCUAUCAAUGCGCAUAUUGUAUACAAAGUCAAGACAAAGACCAAUUCGCCCGCUUUUCGGUCUUCGGAAUUUGUCGUGGCUCGACGUUAUCGCGAUUUUUUAUGGCUUUACAAUCAGCUUGUCCUCGGUAAUCCUGGAGUCAUUGUACCACCCGUGCCUGAAAAACACGCCUUGGGUCGUUUUCAGGAUGAAUUUGUAGAAUCGCGACGCAUUGCUCUCGAACGCUGUCUGUCGAAAAUUGUAUCUCACCCCAUGCUGUAUGGCGACCCAGAUCUCAAAGUCUUUUUAGAAAGCGAAUCUUUUAAUAUUGAGAAACGUCAAAAACGCGCUGAACCUGAAGCACCCAAAGUCAGCUUUAUGCGAUCUUUUGGUGAAACACUCACCAAUGCGGCCACCAACCCAUUUUCGAAAUUUGUCGAGGUCGAUGAUUGGUUUGCUUCCAAAAAGAACCAGCUGGAUGCGCUCGAGAAUCAACUGAAAGCCUUGCUCAAAAGUGUUGAAGGUCUUGUAAAACAAAGAAAAGAUUUGGGUGGCGCCAUGGCUGAUUUAGGCGAAAGUAUGUUGCCCCUGGCAUCGGCAGAACUGGAUAAGAACUUGUCAACCCAUCUUACUAUCCUCGGAGAUGUUCAAAAGCAAAUGAAAAACUUGCAUGAGCAACAGGCUCAGUGUGACAUUUUAACACUGGAACAUACGAUUGACGAAUAUAUUCGUAUUAUCAUGUCCAUCCGGCUAGCUUUUAAUGCACGAAUUAAAGCGUAUCAGAUAUGGCAGCAAGCCGAUUCCGAGCUGCAAAAGAAGCAGGCAUUAUUAGAGAAACUCAAGAGCCAACCCAAACCAAAAGCUGAGAAAGUAGCUUCGGCAAAUCAAGAGAUCAUUGACCUAAAGGGCCGAGUAGAAGAAUACGAAAAAGAAUUUGAAGAUAUCUCCAAACUGAUCAAGAGUGAACUGGAGCACUUCGACAAGGAGAAAGUCGAGGAUUUCCGGGACAGUGUGGACCAAUUUCUAAGCACCAUGGUAGAGCACCAAAAACAGGUCAUCGCUGUAUGGGAAAGCUAUUUCGAACAAACCGAAGGAUUGCAACUGGAGAAUGACGAUGAAGCCAAUCUUUAUGAAGAAGAAAAUGUUUAGGUUCACGCACACUCUCCGUAACUUUAACCCAAGGGAUCUACGCAUAUAAUGUUGGAUAAAUACCUUUGAUAGGCAAGGCGGUAAUUGCGCCGACCCUUUAUAAUUCAUCGUUCCACAGACUUUUUUAAUCGCUCUCAACCACUGAUACCGUGUUUUAUUUUGGGGGACGACUUUUGCCACAUGUUCCUUUCCGUCUGUCACAUCUUUUAAUGCAAUGUUAUGAACUACGACAAAAACAUGUUCCCAUUAGCGUAUGAAACAGUUUCUUUCACCGGGAGCAAAUAAAAAAAAAAAUGAUUGGUGGAAAACCUUUCCCAAAAAAAUAUAAAAAAUCGAGGCUACCAGGGGUCGAACCUGGAAUCUCCUGAUUCGUAGUCAGGCGCCUUAUCC